AUGCCCAAAACUUACGCCGACCCCACGCGCGUCUCGCUCACGAACUUCUGGACGGACUACCCUGGUGACGAGGGCCACGCGAUGUUCACGCAGCCUGACGAGUUUGCCGUCCCUGUCACAGCGCUCCUCGCGCGCGCAGCGGACACCCUGCGCACGCUCGUUGUGCUCCAGCGCUGCGACGUGCGCCUCCCGCCGGUGCGGUGCCAUCUUCCCGCGCUGCGCGAGCUCGCUCUACUCGGAAACGACGGCCUGUUCAUGCACGCGUCCCCCCUCCCCAGCGGGUCAAUACCUGGCACGGACGACUCUCAAGGCGCACCCUUCCCCAACCUGCAACGCCUUCAUGUCGUGUAUACGUGGCCGAGGUCCUGUUCUUGGGAGGACACGCUUCCGCGCUGGAGCGAGCUCGCACCCGCCGUCACCCACCUGCGAAUCUCGCAAGGAGGCGCGAAGGUGGCACAGAUGGUCCGCGACAUGCUCGAGCUUUCCAUGCCUCCACUAUCGGGCUCUCGAGACACAGUCCAGAGUGACGAAGAUGGCACAGAGCCGGAUGCAGCCGCGCCGGCGCUGACGUAUCCCAGCCUGCGUCUCGUGAUUGUCCAGCCGAGCCGCGCACCGUAUUCGGCAAGCAGCGCUACAGCCGCGAAGAUGCUUGCGCUGAGGCGCGAGGUGGAAGAGGUCGCGGCGGUGUGCGCGGAAGAGGAUACUUCAAUGGCAUGGGUGUCUGUCCUCCGGAGUCGCCUCUAUGAUGGGGAGUACUGGCCCCGUCGCCUACAGCGGGAAUGGCGAGACCGCAUGAUGGGCGGCGGAGGUUGCUGGACGGAGGACGAGUAUGAUGAGGACGAGCGGUGGGGCGUGUCCCCCAUUCAGCCGCUUCCGAAACGCGAUGGACCGCUGGCGCUCGACCUGCGGAGAGACCGUCCAAGAGAUCCACCGGAACCGAAGAAGUGGUGGCAGAUUCUGUGCUCAAUACCAUGCGAUUUCAUACCGCCUGCAGUGCCAGUGACAUUGACUCUCAAUGUGUUACUACUAGCUAGAACUGUAUGA